CACGGCUCCACUAUUACAUCCGGGACACCGAGCAGUGUCUGAUGUCAGUUGGUUCAGCUGUCAAGACUUUCCUGCAUGUGAAGAAGAAACCCCGGCUGCUCCUCUGGCUUUAACCACAUAUUUCGGUAGAAGAGAUGGCGCUGAUGGGAAUUCAGCUGGUGGUCAGCUUGCUGGCAGCCAGCAUUAUGCAGAGGAUGGCCCCACAUGCCUCAUUUGCUCGCUGGCUACUCUGCAACGGCAGUUUGUUCCGGUUCAAACACCCGUCAGAAGGGGAGCUGUGCGCGCUGGCCGGGAAGCAGAUGCCCAAACCUAACAGGAGAGACAGGAGACAGAAUGGGGAGAAUAAGCCUCUCACUGUGCCCAAAGAUAUCGACCUUCACCUGGAGAAAGCUCCAGUCAACGCUCUUGAUGCUCUUGUGCUGCGCUUUUUCCUGGAGUACCAGUGGCUGGUAGAUUUUGCAGUCUACGCGACGGGUGUCUUCCUGUUCACUGAGGUUUACUACAAUGUUGUAGAUGCAAGAAAAGAGGUCAACAUUGGAGCCCUCUGGUGUGUCCUGACUGUUCUCUUCAGCCUAAAGACCCUUCACACGCUGAUGAGGCACUACUUCCGCUCCGAAGAAGGCGGUGAGCGCUCGGUGUGCCUUGCCUUCGGCUUCCUGUCUCUGCUCGUGGCCAUGCUGGUGCUGGUUGUCAGAGAGGACUACCUGGAGUUUGGCCUAGAGUCAGGCUUUUCCAGCCUCUUCGACAAUUUGGAAAUCUUUGUCAAACAGCAGGGCUACGCUGACUGGUCAAUCCCAGUGACCAGACUGACAGUAAAGCUCGGUCUGGCUGCUAUCUGUGCUUACAUCGGCUCUCUCCUGGCUUUCCCCGGCCUGCGACUGGCUCAGACUCAUCUAGAUGCCGUACAGAUGAACUCAGACCGCCCACUCAUGCAGAUUCUGCUGCACAUGAGUUUCCUGUCUCCAGUCGUUGUGUUGGUUCUGUGGGUGAAACCCAUUGCAAGGGACUUCCUGGCCAAUGCACCUAUGGGGAAGACCUCUGUCACAAUAGUUUCCAGUGAAACGUUUGACAGCAUGCGCCUGUGGAUCAUCGUGGCGUUGUGUGCGCUGCGGCUCGCACUGACUCGUCACCACCUGCAGGCCUACCUCAAUCUGGCUCAGAAGUGGGUGGAGCAGAUGAAGAAGGAGGCGGGGCGUAUCGCUGCAAUUGACAUUCAGAGGAAGGUCACUCGUAUCUACUGCUACUUGAGUGUAAUCACUCUCCAGUAUCUGGUUCCUAUUUUUCUUAUCCUGUUCUCCACGUUGGCACUCAAGGCACUCGGGGACUUCUCCUGGGGGACCGGUGCAGAGGAGACACCCGGGGUGACUCCAGCGCUGGUGAUGCCCACGGCUGCUCCUGUGCUGCCUGGUGUUGUCGAUGAAGAUGAAGAGGGCGUGGACGACAUGGAGGAGGACAUCCAGGCCACAGUAGCACGCCUGUCAGAGACCUUCACAGCGCUGCGGUCUGUCCUCACUCCAAUUUUCUUCCGAGGUUUCUUCGCCUUCCUCACUUGGUGGGUAGCUGCCUGCCAGGUCAUCAGCUCCCUGUUUGGCAUCUACUUCCAUCAGUACCUUAUGCAGAACUAAGUGCGGAGUUGCAUACAGUUCCACCUGCGGUGCAACCCCGGCCCUCAGCUGUUGUACGGUGUCACAGGAUGGUUGCAGACAGCAGAGGGGCCUUUUCAUUUCAACACGCAACGACAAACAGAAGGCAUCUUGUUUUUUGGUCUGCGUAGAGUAGACGGGUGAUAGGCUGUCUGUUCAUAUCGGCUACAUUUAUGGCCUUAUAUCUCUCUGUGACCAGCAGGCUACUGGUAUCAAUAACACAAAUGUACGAGGAUGCAGGGGUCUAAAUUACAAAGCAAGUUCAUAUUAGAGUGGCUCUCUUUAGGUUACCUGGCUUCACUGAGUCUGACGUUAGCAAUCCUUAAUCAUCAUGAUGACGGUUAUGAACUGGCUCAGUUCACUUGAGGGUGGGUGUGUCCACAUGAAAAAAGACAACAUUUUUAAUUACAGGCAACAUCAGAUGAACAAUGAGUAGAGUACUUGAUACCCACAGGGAAGUUACGUUAUUGUUGGAGCAAAAGGUAACAUUCAGCAAGGUGAAAUAUAAACAGCAGAGUGGAAGAAGAAGCUCUAAAAGUACAAGGAAUCAUUUCCCAAUCCAAAAAGGCUUACCCUUUUUGAAUAUAUUUGACAUAUUUGACAUUUCCAACAUGUUCGCUCCAUAAAAGUGACAUUUUGGGGCUUUUUUGGCUUACUGUGAACAAACUUGUAUGAAUGAUAGUCUUAAAUAUAUAAGACUUAUUGCUACUAAAGCAGCAACUAUCGGCUGAUAAUCAGUCCAAAUAUAUUUACUGACAUAGAGGAGGGAAAAUAUUCAUAUUCAUUUUUCCUUUUUUCUCUUAAACAAAUUGCUCUAACUGAUAAUAGAAUGUAAAAAUAAUUGGCAGUAGAUUAUAAAUAGAACAGUUAAUCGUUACAGUUUUAAUACCUGACAAGUUGUAACUGACUGAAAUGUUGCAUAUUUUUUACUUGCAUAGCUAAUUGGUUGUAACUGUGUGCACAACCACAGGCAUAUGCAGCUAUAGUAGUCAUUCAUUAGGCUCUUAAUGUGGUAAACUUCUCUAUGAGCACUGUUUUAAACACGGAGUAAAUAUUUUUUUUAUCUCUCUUAAUAAGCAACUGCUCUUUGAAAAUGUCUCUAAACCUCUUUAUUGCUUUAUUACUUAAUGGUAAAGUCACUACUUUUGUCCAUGUAGAGGUCCUGUAGAAAUGAACAUCCACUUUUCCCAGUGAUCUGAUUGGUCAGUGGUUAACCUGCUCUGGAGCAGGUUACCGUGGUGAUGAACCCCAUUUAAAAGUGAGCCAGCUUUGUGAUUCAGUCCCCUCGUCAUCUUUCAGCUUCUCCAGUGGAACGUUUUUCUGCAACCUUUUCAGAUGUAUCUGCUCCAGUGUUACCUGAACUGUUCUCAAUAGAACAUUAUUAAAUGCUGCAUAUACGAUGUUUAAUUGGUACCAGGAUGAGACUUUGUGCUUAACUCCUGUGUAGAUAAGAUGUUUUAUUUUUGUGAGCGACUCUUUUGUCCCUCGCAAGGAACCGAUUCAAGAGUGCUAAAUGUUUGUUUUUUUGUUAUCUUUUCCUGCUGUAAUGUUUUGAUUGCAAAUAUGUAGUAGGGCUCUGAUCCAUCCUAUCGAUUUAAACGCAGUUGAAGGUGAACCAGAAACUGUGGCUUUUUAUUUUAGCAGAGAACUGAAGAGCUGUUGCUUUUAUCUUAAGAGUUUCCUUCUGAAUUCCUAAGUGCCUGGGAGCUCAGGGAUUUUGAGUCUGUUUUAAAAUUCCCUUUCUCCCUGAUCGUUCGUAUUAAGAAUGAAUGGAAUCUGUCGAUUAGAUGGAAUAACACUCCAAACAGAUUUCUGUUUUUUUAUUCUUUAUGUUCAAACACUACUCACUGGCGAAUAUUUCUAGUUGGAGUGUCUUAAUUAGCUUCAUCAGCUUUUAGUGUUUUUUGUUGUUUUAUAGCCAGUCAUAGUCUGAUAUGUACAUGUAAUAUUAAUCAAAGUCUGCUUAGAAUCAGUUUUGCGUCAGCAGAUUUUAUUUAUUUAUUUAUGAAAUAUUGCCUCAUAACCUUUUGGGUUUUUUAAGAAAUGAUACAGAUGUUGCAGUUCUGUACAUUUUUGUAUUCUGUGUGUGGCAAUUUUUAAUUUUUUUGCGUGUUUUUUUUAAGACAGGUAUUUGAACUAAAUGCUCUGAAGUCAUUAUACUGUGAAGUUCAUUUGGAAAUGUUGCUUUUUGAGAUUUUCUGAAUGCAUGGUGUGUAAAAAAGUAAACAUUUGGUUGUUUUUUAAAUUUGUGUGGCCCAAUAAAACAUUAUUUUCAGUCUCA